UUGACUUAAUUCGGCGUUUUUUCCCUCGUUUUCUGCUCUACUCCUUUUUCAACCUCCCCACUCUUCCCUCCUUCCUUCCUUCGCUUUCCCCAACCCUAAAUCUUCUCCGAUCGGCACCGAUCGAUCCUGCCUGCUUCUUCCACCAACCGAUCUGCCGCAGACGAUCUUCACCUUCUUCCGUUUCCCGCCCUUUUUUCUCUCUGUGAUGUCAUAAUCCACCGCCCAAUGGCGCCCUGAGCUUUCGAUACUAAGAAUGAUCAGGGAUCCUGGAAAUUCGAAGGCUAGUGCGAUGCGAUUCAAUUGAAGGAGGAGGAGACGGGUUUCUUGACGCAGGAUGGCGGAACACCGUGGAGUCGGUCCCCUUCAGCGGCAGCAGACCGGGCCCAUUGCGCAGCCUCUCAAGAGGCACUUUCCUUUCUCGUCUUCGAAGCCACCAUUUGCAGGGCUGAACGAUUACCACCGGUUCCCUGACGGUAGUCGCAAGGGAGUUGCAGAAGAGGAGGAGGCUGAUGCGAUCAUCGUGAGGACCCCGCUCAAACGGAAAGCUCAAGUGGAAGAACAUGAAGCGGAAUCUAGUGAUUACACAACUGGUCAAGGUUACUCUGCGGUCAACAGUCCCAUGCACACACCUGUAUCAGGAAAGGGUGGAAAGAUUCAUGUUAGGGGAAAGGUCUCCAAGAAUUUGAGAUUCGGGCCACAGACCCCAAUAUCUCCAGAUGCUGGAUCACCAUCUACCAGUGGACUAACACCUGUGGGGACAUGCCGUUAUGAUAGCUCUUUAGGUCUUCUAACGAAGAAGUUCAUCAAUUUGAUAAAGCAAGCUGGAGAUGGUGUCCUAGAUCUUAAUAAGGCAGCAGAUACCUUGGAGGUUCAGAAAAGGCGGAUAUAUGACAUCACGAAUGUGCUAGAGGGAAUAGGACUCAUAGAGAAGAAACUAAAGAACAAAAUAUGUUGGAAGGGUUUUGACGGUUCCAGGCCUGGGGAUGUUGACAGCGACAUUACAUUUUUACAGGCGGAUUUGGAAAAUCUUGCCGUUGAGGAGCGUAGGCUAGAUGACCGCAUAAGUGAAAUGCAAGACAGAUUGAGAGAACUAAGUGGAGAUGAAAACAACAAAAAGCUGCUUUAUGUCACCGAGGAAGACAUAAUGGGACUUUCCUGCUUUCAGAAGGGCACUCUGAUUGCAAUUAAAGCACCUCAUGGCACAACACUGGAGGUUCCGGACCCUGAUGAGGCUGUUGAUUAUCCUCAGAGAAGAUACAGAAUGGUCCUUAGGAGUACCAUGGGACCAAUCGAUGUUUUCCUUGUAAAUGGUUAUGUGAAGUUUGAGGAGGUGGAUGGUGUUGUUGAGCAGCAGGCGCUACCACCUUUAAGUGCUCCAAAGGCAGUUUCUACUGUCCGUCAACCACAGAUGUCAACAAAACCAGACAUGGAAACAGAUGUGAUAAUUAAGCGCCAAAACUUGCAAACGACUUUUCCUGAGACGAAUAGCACACAGGAUCCUGGGGGUAUCAUGAAGAUCGUCCCCUCAGAUAUUGAUAGUGAAGACUAUUGGCUGCACAUGGAUCCAGGUGUAAGCAUCACAGAUAUGUGGAAGACAGAUUCUGAAAUUUGGGAUGAGAUGGAUAGCUUGCAAGCAGACGGAUUUGGAAUCGACAAUGUCAGUUCACCCCGGCAGCUUCUAUCUUCUAAUUUUAUUGAAGAGCCACAUAGCUCGCACAUCCCUACCCCAACUAGAAGAUGAAGAUAAAGGCACAAAUUGAUCCGGAAAGGAUUUGCUCGACAGCAUUCAACCGCUCUUCAUGUCUUCUUCUCGUGGUGUGAUGCGGAAUUUUAGACGAAUGAGAUUCGAUUACUAAUGCAGCAGAGAGUGGUGCCUUUUGGAGUUGACUAACGAGAGUCCAAUAUGAG